GACAAUUUUAUUUGUUUUAGCGCCACUUACGCUGAAUUCGAGACAGCUUAAUGGGUUAGCCAAAUUUCAGCUCACUCUCGGCCUCCACGAAGCUACCGGACCGGCAACGCUCCAUCCCCCGGCCGGGCCCGGCACCGUACGCAGCUCCAACCCGGUCGAGAUCUACACAGUGACUGCAGCUAACUGUAGCCAAGCCGGGUGCCGCACCCACCAAAUGUGUGAUGUCUGGAAAUUCCGUUUUAUUACAGACCAGUUGAUGACUCUAUUCCGAAAUCAUGGGUAAAGGCUGCUGUGAAGAUGGUUGCUGCAAUUGUAUUUGGAGAUAUUACUCACCUUUUGUUCGGACGUGUGGAGUUUUAGUCGGAGGAGCACUAUGGGCCAUAGGUAUCACACAGAUAUAUGAUGCUUCUACCGGGGAUACAGAUUUAUUCUUCAUUUAUAUAUUAUUUGCUGCAUUGGUUGUAUCUCUCUUAGAGCUUAUGAUAUUUAUUGCUCCAUGUUGUGACAAGUGCUGUAGUAGAGAUGGAAGGUGUUAUGUAUACUGGGAGUAUAUGAACUGGCUAGACAACUGGAAGAGGGCCAUACUAUAUCUUCUCUUGUCCGUCUUCUGUUAUAUCAGACACUCUAACGCAUUAGCAAUAUUAGCAGGUAAAUAUGAUGCUUCAAUAUGUUUCCCGUUAUGCCAUCCAGAUUGGGGUAGGGGUUCAUACAUAGGGCCUAGGGCAAUUUCACCCCCCAAAAAUCCAAAAUAACCCUUGCAUCAUUUGCUUCUAUUUGAAAAGCAAUAUGGAAAUGGCAGUGUCAGGAGUAGGAAAAUAGCCAUUGUGCAGAAUACAUGUAUCUCUUUUUGUCUCGCCUGCAUAGCAGAGCGAGACUAUAGGCGCCGCUUUUCCGACGGCGACGGCGGCGUCGUCAACAUUGAAAACUUAACCAAGGUUAAGUUUUUGAAAUGUCAUCAUAACUUAAAAAGUAUGUGGACCUAGUUCAUGAAACUUGGACAUAAGGGUAAUCAAGUAUUACUGAACAUCCCGCCUGAGUUUCAGGUCACAUGACCAGGGUCAAAGGUCAUUUAGGGUCAAUGAACUUAGACCAUGUUGGGGGGAUCAAUAUCGAAAUCUUAACCAAGGUUAAGUUUUUGAAAUGUCAUCAUAACUUCGAAAGUAUAUGGACCUAGUUCAUAAAAAUUAGACAUAAGGGUAAUAGUAUAUCACUGAAGAUCCUGCCUGAGUUUCAGGUCACAUGACAAAGGUCAAAGGUCACUUAUGGUCAACAAACUAUGGCCAUGUUGGGGUUAUUUGAGGAAUUGUCAUCAUAACUUUGAAAUUUUAUGGAUCUAGUUCAUGAAACUUGGACAUAAGAGCAGCAAUGUAUCCCUGAAUACCCUGUGUGCAUUUAAGGAACAUGGCCAAGAUCAAAGGUCAUUUAAAGGUCAAUGAACUCUGGCCGUUUUGGGAGUAUGUGUUGAAUUGGCAUAAUAACUUGGGAAUUUUAUGGAUCUAGCUUAUGAAACAUUGACAUACAUGUAAGGGUAAUCAUGUAUGAAUGGUUGUUUUGCACAUGUCUUAGGUCACAUGAUCAUGGUCAAAGGUCAUUUUGGGUCAAUGGACAUAUUUUAUUAUCAAAUUAGUGUUUCGUCUGUGAAUAAUUAUUCAUUAGCUGUUUUCAAAGGCAGCACUGCUGCUAUAUCGAAGUGCGUAAUACAGGCGAGACUGCCAGAGGCGUUCCUCUUGUUUUUUCUUGUUUUUUCCUUUUUUUCGUAGGGGGGGGGGCUCAGCCUGUAAAAUGAAGCAAUUCAUUGGUUCUGUUGGGCAUUUCAAGGAAAAGAUUUGUUGGAUGUUUUAUUUGAUUGUUACCAUAGUAAUAGUUGGUCAUCUUCUCAGCCAAUCAAAGCCAAGAAAAGUUGUCAGGAUGACGAAUCUUAAUGAAGUACUCACCAAACCCUGUCGGAUGUUCCCCUAGAUCUACAUGUACAUUCCCUUGUUGGGAGGGGGGGGGGUUCUAUGCAAAUUUCCUUUGAUAAACGUAUGAGUGUGCCUGAAAUUGGAACAGUAGUUUAUUGGAGUUAGAAUAUCAUAAAGACGAUGGUUAUAAAUUUUCAUUCAAGAGUGGACCAAGCAGUACACAAUGUGGCCAUUCUGAAUUUUCAGGACGGUUAUGAAUUUUCAUACACGUGCCUAUCAUUUGAUCCACUUUUCUCGGUCAUAUUGUAUAUGAUUCAUAACCUGUAAACAGACUUCACAAUUAGUUUUGAUGCAUGAAUCAUUCAUCUUAUGUCAUCUUUUCUCUGUAGUGUACUACAUGUAGAGUGAACCUAAUUUGAUGCAUGCAUCUACUGUAUUUUCAUUGUAAUACAAACAGGUGCUUUUAGUAUUACAGCUCGGGCCAUACUACAGGCCAAUUGCCUCAGUCAUGAUGAUGUGUAGAGAUAGCGAUAGAAGUAUGAAUUGAUGGGCAUACUUGCUAUCAAAGCCUAUUUUAUAAUGUAUACAUACAUAUUGCAUGUUCUGUAGUGUGUAGACACAAAACUGUGUUUAUCUUUCCCAGGGCUCCACACUAACCCUUUUUUUCUACUGGUCCAACCUAUUCAUGUUGGACCAGUAGAUACCCAGUUUUUCCAUUUUUUACUGGUCCGAACCUAAAAUCUACUGGUCCCCCAAAAUAAAGAAAACAUUAAAAAAAGGUGUGAGUUUAUUUUGCUGUCCUUUCUUGUUACCGC